AGUGAUUUGCUUUUCUGUUAUUUAUUAAGUGACACAGACCUCAAGGUCCAAUUUCAGUGGCAUGAGAAUCAAAACACCACUUACUUCCGCAGGCUUAUUUGCCUUCAUACUGCCCGCUGUCCAGAUGACCCACAUUUUCGUUUAUGGAACCCUGAAGAAGGGCCAACCAAACUACCACAGGAUGCUGGACACUGCCAACGGAAGGGCUUCCUUCUGUGGCCCAGCCACCACCAUCGACAAGUUCCCUCUAGUUAUUGCAGGCCAGUACAACAUCCCGUUCCUCUUGAACAUCCCCGGACAGGGCCACCAUGUCCAAGGAGAGGUCUACUGCGUGGAUGACCAGAUGCUGGCCUUCCUGGACCGAUUCGAGAGCAUCCCUGACAUGUACCAGCGCACUCCGCUGAAGGUUAAGGUGGCGGAGUGGGUGGGUGGGGCAGACUGUGGCCCUGCGGUUCCAGGAGGAGGCACGAUGGAGGCCUAUGUGUACAGCACGACCACCUACCAGCCGGACUGGGUGAAGCUGCCAGCUUAUGGGAACUACGAUGCCUACGGUGACCAUGGAUUAGAGUAUUGCACUCGUGAAGCGAGGGACGAUUAGACGGGGAUGGGCAAAAUAGUCACAAUCCAGUGUCACAAAUUCGAAAUGACUUGGUUUUACCCAGAGCCAUACA